AUGGAUGAACAACAAAGAAUUGAUAAUGUAAGUCAAACAAUACUACAUUCAAUUGGUCUUGAUGUAACUGUUGCUGAUUUUAUACAAAAUACAAUAAAAUAUGAAAGAUAUACAGCAGGUAUCCAUCUGCCAGAAGCUCUUAUAUAUGGUCUUAGCCCAGUUGUUCGUAUUGGUACACUAAAUAUUGCUAGAAUUAGUAAUCAAUAUGAUCCGGCUGGUGCUAUGUUUGAUUAUGGUGACGUUAAUCAUGAUGGAAGAAUUGCUAAAUUUGAAUUUGGAAUAUUUAUGCGUUAG